AUGCAAAUGGCAGCCUGUUUCCCGACGAUAACCCUUAUAUCCCAGCUGGUGCGGCUCAGCCGCGACGCGCAGACGCUGCUGGAGAUGAUCCCGUCCCCGCUCCGCAGACCCGGGGGGGGCCGGCGGGGCCGGGCCCGGCGCGGCCUGCGCGGCCCCGAGGAGCCGGUAGCGCGGAGCGUUACCGCGAAGGGCAGCGGCCAAGGCCCAGCGCCCCGGGCUGACAUCGCCCUGCCGCCCGGGGCACUCGCCACCCGGCUACUCGCCGCCGGGGCCCGCAACGCCCUGGGGCCUGGCUCGAGCCCCGCCGGUUGCCAUAGCGACGCCGGCCGGGCCGCUUCGAGACGUCGCUGGCCCUUUAAGGCAGUGCUUGGAGGACCGCGGGAAGCCGGAAGUGCUCCGCCAGGCGCUCUGGCCUUCGCGUCGUCUCGAACGUUGUGUGUUGCAGGAUUUUCUGCCAGGGCUGAGCCCCAGAGAAGCUACAGCCCUGAACGGCAACCGCGGGUGGUUACGUUGGCCCUCGGUGCUUCCGUUCCUGAGGUGGCCGGGCCAGAAGAUUGUUCUGCAGGAUGCUCCAGCUCCCUGUAUUAUGAGCGUGACAUCUUCAGCAACAAUAAAAUAGUCCAGCAAUACAGAAGCUGCAAAGAUGAGACCAGCUGGACAGUAAGAAGCCAGGACCACUUCACUUCUAUUCGCUCUCCAAGAUGCAAACAAAAGAAACCAGAGCAAGUUCCUGCCUGCUGAAAUUCCAGGGGCUUGCACUGGAUUACAGCAAGGCCCGGAGGCAUUUUGAAUCUUUUUGGGUAUACAUCAGCCCUGCAUUGCUCUCAGGCAAUUGUACUUUAAGUUACUUAUUGUUAAUAAUAAAAAAGGAUUGACUAGCA